GCCACUGUGAGCUGCUGCUGGAAGUUCAGACUUUGAGGUGGGCACAGAGGACCUAACACUUCUCAGCGCGCAGGGAUGAUGCUGCCUGCUACAAGCUCACACAGCUAAGCUGCUCUCCUGCCUGUCUCUAUGGUCAUCCUACAGCCUGGGGGACUUAUAUGCUCUAUAGGACUACAACUGGAAUAUUCCCUCUCACAGAUCCCUGGCAGGACUGGAUUCCUUCUUCUGCACAGAUCUUCCAGAAAUCGUGGACAAACAAGUUCUCGUGAGGAACUUAAAAGGAACUAGCACACAACAUUUAUUUUUAUUGAAAAAGUCUUGAAAAUUACGCCCUUUACAAAAAACUCUUCCUGAUAUUUCUCUUCCACCAGUUUUUAUUUUAUUUUAUUGAAUUUUCUUAGUUUGGCUUGGAAACAGUGGUGUUUUCACAACGGGUGUGAACCUUCUGGGAUGUGACUACUGUACAGAGAGCAUUCAUGGUUGAAUCUGCACAGGAAAGACAAGGAGGGAAGCAUGUACCUACUCUGAAUGCACUAUUUAUUCCAGGCUUUGCUUUAUGAAUAAUGCCCCUGGUGUGGAGUUAAUUUUACUGGCGUUCCUGAGGAGCAUUUAUAAAUGGAAAGUCAAUUUCUGGCAUGAAAUUAAGCCAACCAAAAGGGGAUUAUAAAGAAACUGUUAAUCUGGCGUUGGAGGAAACAUCACAUGGUUGCAGGAAACUGAAGCUAGUUAAACAUACGAAUUGGUGUCGGCAAUAAGCAUUGGCUGUGAUGUGGACAAGAGACAGUCAAAUCCAGUCCCUUCUUCCAUGAAUAAGGAAUAAACACUGUGAAAGAGGAAUUGCUCAAUGAGAUAACCCAGACCUUGCUAUUCCGGGAGCUUUCAAAAAUCUCUGCCCACAGGAGAAUUCAGAGGAACAUCAGCUCACACUUCAGACCAACUACCUGAAGCUUUUAUCCUUCAUGACCAUGAGUGCUGAAACCUGGAACUUUCUUGUCACUUGGACCCAAUUACUGUUACUACUUCGGAUGGCGCCACAUUAUGUCAGUGCCAAAUCCUGCCCUUCAUUAUGCCGCUGUGAUGGAGGCUUCAUUUAUUGCAAUGAUAGAGACUUGACAUCUAUUCCCUCGGGGAUACCAGAGGAUGCUACAACUCUGUACCUUCAAAAUAAUCAGAUCAACAAUGCGGGGAUACCAUCUGACUUGAGAGGCUUGGAGAAAGUGGAGAGAAUCUAUUUAUAUCGGAACAGUCUAGAUGAGUUUCCAAUUAACCUCCCCAAAAAUGUUAAAGAGUUGCAUCUGCAGGAGAACAAUAUUCGGACUAUUACCUAUGAUGCACUUGCACAGAUUCCUGCUAUUGAAGAGCUUCAUCUUGAUGAUAAUUCUGUGUCUGCAGUGAGCAUUGAGGAUGGUGCAUUCAGAGACAAUGUCUAUCUCCGACUUCUAUUCCUUUCACGAAACCACCUAAGCACAAUACCCUGGGGUCUGCCUCGCACCAUUGAGGAGCUGCGUUUGGAUGAUAAUCGCAUUUCUACUAUUGCAGAAAUCUCUUUGCAAGACCUUACAAAUCUAAAGCGUCUAGUUUUGGAUGGAAAUCUCUUAAACAAUAAUGGCCUUGGGGAAAGAGUCUUUAUGAACCUGAUUAAUUUGACAGAACUCUCAUUAGUUCGAAAUUCCUUAACAUCUCCUCCUGCAAAUCUGCCAGGCACAAACCUGAAAAAGCUUUAUCUUCAGGAGAACCACAUGAACUAUGUGCCACCCAACGCAUUUGCUGAUCUGACCCAACUUUAUCGGCUUGAUAUGUCCAACAACAACCUAACGUCUUUACCUCAGGGCAUUUUCGAUGACCUGGAUAAUUUGACACAGUUAUUCCUACGUAAUAAUCCAUGGUAUUGUGGUUGCAAGAUGAAAUGGGUCCGUGACUGGCUGCAGUCUUUGCCUUCCAAAGUUAAUGUCCGUGGACUGAUGUGCCAGGCACCAGAACGUGUGAGAGGGAUGACUAUCAAAGACCUUAACAAAGAGCUGUUUGAUUGUAAGGACCGAAUUAAUACAAAGCCAGUCUACAUCACAACAACAACUAUGUUAAAUACAUUGCUUCCGGCACAAGGGCAACGUCCAGUAUCUGUGACCAAACUGCCGGAGAUUAAGCCGCCUGACCUCAACAAAAUUUACAGAACCACUCCAAUACCAGUCAGGAAAAUUAUCACCAUCAAUGUGAAAUCUGUCACUGUUGAUACCAUUCACAUUUCUUGGAAAAUUUCCUUACCGAUGAAGUCACUAAGACUGAGCUGGCAAUUGGGUCACAGUCCAGUUUUUGGGUCUAUAACAGAGACAAUCGUCACUGGUGACAGAACAGAAUACCUGUUGACUGCUCUCGAGCCAGAGUCUCCAUACCGUAUAUGUAUGGUUCCCAUGGAAACCGAAAAUUUCUUCUUACUGGAUGAAACCCCUGUGUGUAUCGAAACAGAGACUGCUCCACUUAAAAUGUACAACCCAACCACAACAUUAAACAGAGAGCAGGAGAAGGAGCCUUAUAAAAAUUCAAGCUUGCCCCUGGCCGCCAUCAUAGGUGGAGCUGUGGCGCUGGUGGCAAUCUCACUCCUUGCACUGGUCUGCUGGUAUGUUCAUCGGAACGGUUCCCUCUUUUCCAGGAACUGUGCCUACAGCAAGGGUCGGAGAAGAAAAGAUGACUAUGCAGAGGCAGGGACGAAAAAGGACAACUCCAUUUUAGAAAUCAGGGAGACCUCUUUUCAGAUGAUACCAAUAAAUAGUGAACCAAUGUCCAAGGAGGAGUUUAUUUUGCACACUAUAUUUCCAUCUAAUGGAGUAACCUUGUACAAAACCAGUCACAGUGAAAGCAGCAGUAACAGAAGCUACAGAGACAGUGGUAUACCAGAUUCUGACCAUUCACAUUCAUGAUGCUUAAGGGCAUAAGACUUUUUAUAGAAACUUUAAGUGAAUGGGAUUCACUGUUCUACUGCAAAACACUGGAUUAUUAAAACACAAAAAAUGAACAUUUGAAGGAGCAAUGUACUGUACAUUUGCCAUAUAAUUUAUAUUUAAGAACUUUUUAUUAAAAGUUUCAAAAUUUCAGGUUGCUGCUACGAUUAAAUGUAGUUUGUCACCUGACCACAGUUCUCUAUUUUAGUAUUUUUUGUAAUUUGUACUGUAUUUUUUCCUUGCUAAUAUUGAAGUUACAGACCAUUUAACUUUUUUUGUGUUCUACUGAGUAAAAAUGACUUGUUGACUGUGAAAGUGAAUUUCUUGGAUGUGUUGAACAAUCAGGAUUUUUUUUUUCUCAUUUUUAUUUCCCAGAUCUUUGUAGUAUAAGCACAGGCCGUUUUUUGCAUUUCAUUUUAAACAUGGUAUAAAUAAGAUGUAGCUACAAAAAAACAAAAAAUACGAAAAUUUUCAAAACAUUUAACAGUAUUGUUAAGUCUGUAAAAAUAAAAUGUACGCAACGUUAUUCAAUAAACAGAAACAAAAUUCAAUGUGUGUAGUAAUGGGCAUAACCCUCCUUUCAAAAGGUCCAUGUGAUCCACACAAAAAAACUUACAUGUUAAACCCAUGCAUGCUGGGUAUUAACUACAUAACAGGUCAGUAAAACACAGAAAUAAAUGGCUUUUUAAUACUUUUUUUUUCCAAAUAAAGAAGUACUUUUUAUAGGUUAUGCUAUAUCCUCCUAGCAUUUUUAGACUGUAGAUAAAUUAACUCAUAUAAGACAAUAAACAAUUUUUUUAAAAAGUCCAUCUGCUCAGCAAUGAUACAUGGGGUUAAUAAUAACAUAACAUAAUAUAUACAUUCAUCUGCCACCAAGCAAAAUAACCACAUAUUGCCUAUAAGAAUACUUAUAUAAAAUGUCUGCUAAACUGUUACCCAAAAAAAUAAAAAACAUUCUUUUACAUAGGACAUUCUAUGUUCUUGCCAACCAGUUGCCCCUAGUGCCCAUUACUACAUCAUUACAUGUUGUGUUAUAAAUAUGUACCAUGUCAUUUUGCCUCUGUUAAUUUAAUAUUUAAAACGAGAAACAUUUGUUGCCAUAUACCCUCCCCCUUCUGUUUUUUUAUUUUAUUUUUUCAAAUAAUCUCCAAAGUGCGUUGUAUGCUCUUUGGGCAGUAUUGUAUGUGCCUUGAUCCAAUGCUACACAUAUUCAGCUUUUUUAUGUUUUUAGUUUUUUUUUUGUUUGUUUUUUUGGACAGUGACAAUUUUUCAUACUUGCGAACUAUGAAAAAUAUCGAUCUUAUCUCUGAAUAAAAUG